AACAGCGUUGUGAGAAUCGUCGCCCUUCCCCACGGAAUCGACCUACCACGAUUUCACCCAUAAUCGCUGUCAGCUUUCCAUUUUUUGUCAGAAGCUCUAACCCUGCUCUUGCCUCUGGUCUCUGAAGAGGAGGAAGAAGAAGAAGAAGAGAUGUUGCGGCGGCUGGCGAGGCGCCUGAUGAGCAACGUGCCGGAGAGCACAGUGUACGGUGGGCCGAAGCCCCAAUCGCCCGCCCACCGAGUUACUCUCACCCACCUCCGCCAAAAGCACCGCCGCGGCCAACCCAUCACCGUCGUCACCGCCUACGACUAUCCCUCCGCCGUCCACGUGGACUCUGCCGGCAUAGACGUCCUCCUAGUCGGUGACUCCGCCGCCAUGGUCGUCCACGGCCACGAUACCACUCUCCCCAUCACCCUCGACGACAUGCUCCUCCACUGCCGCGCCGUCGCACGCGGCGCCUCGCGCCCCCUCCUCGUUGGCGACCUUCCAUUCGGGUCCUACGAGUCCUCCGCCUCCCAGGCCGUGGAUUCGGCGGUGAGGAUGUUAAAAGAAGGGGGCAUGGAUGCGAUCAAACUGGAAGGCGGCGCGCCGUCCAGGAUCUCUGCCGCCAAGGCAAUCGUUGAGGCUGGGAUUGCUGUCAUGGGGCAUGUUGGAUUGACUCCGCAAGCUAUUAGCAUUCUCGGCGGGUUCAGGCCGCAAGGAAAGACUGUUGCUAGUGCUGUCAAGGUCGUGGAGACUGCCCUUGCUUUGCAGGACGCAGGCUGCUUCUCAGUUGUUUUAGAGUGUGUGCCUGCUCCGGUAGCUGCUGCUGCAACUUCUGCUCUGGACAUACCUACCAUUGGCAUUGGUGCGGGACCUUUCUGUAGUGGCCAGGUGCUUGUUUACCAUGAUUUGUUGGGAAUGUUGCAGCAUCCUCAUCAUGCCAAGGUCACUCCAAAGUUCUGUAAAAAAUAUGCGCAAGUGGGCGAUGUCAUAAACAAAGCCCUCACAGAAUACAAAGAGGAAGUCGAAACUCGUUCAUUCCCAAGUGCAGCUUAUACACCGUAUCGAAUAAGUGAAGCUGACGUCGAAAGUUUUCUGAAAGAACUGGAGAAUAGAGGCUUAAAUGAGGCAGCAUCAGCCGCAGCAGCUGCUGCAGAAAAUGAGGUUAUGACUGGAAAACCAUCAGCUGAUGGCAACUGUUAGGGAGCUGACAUACUAUCAACUUAAUUUUCAUAGAACAUGAAUGAUUAUUUGUUCACCCUUAUCUUAUAGACGAUUCUUAGCAUCAAGAAACUCCUCAAUUCAAACGGGAGAUGGAGCCAAUGUAGGCACCAUAAAUAUUAGUACAUAAUGGCUAAUUGUGGCUAAGAUAAGGCAUGUAUCGCGAUGUCUUUAUCAAUGAUCCAAUUUAUAUAGUUUUCGUAAUAUUUAGUUA